CUCCCGCCCACCCCGACGCGCAACGCGCAUUUUCUCCUUGUCUCCCGCCUGGAGAGAUCGCAUUGCUUCUAAGGGUUAAAAUGAACUGAACUCGAUUCCUAGAGAGGAAGGGUAUGACGGGGGAGGGGUCUUCCAGAGGAAAGGCUCCUCCCCCACCCCAAAAAGUCCUUUCCUGCCCGGCUCCUCACGUGGAGAGAAGCGGCUUCUGUGUUACCCAGGCGGCUGCAUCGGUCGCCGUUUCUGGGAUCUGGUUGGGUCCCGUGUCCUUUGAAGAUGUGGCUGUGCAUUUCACAGAAGAGGAGUGGGCCCUUCUGGAUCCUGACCAGAGAGCUCUGCAUAAGGAAGUCAUGGAGGAGAAUUAUAAUCUCGUCGCCUAUCUCAAAUGCACAUCAUUGUCGGACAUGCGGAAAAGUGGACGUGGCGUUUCAUGGCGUUACAGAGAGGUUUUGGAUCUCCUAGAUAUAUGGGGUGAAGCCAAGAUCCAGGACAUUCUUAAGGCCAGCUACAGAAACAUAGAAACAUUUGAAGAUAUAGCUAUGCAGAUGUCCUGCAGAGGACACAACAGGACCGGAGUUGAAUGCAGAAAUAAAACAAAGGCUCUGCGCAGUGAGUACCGCAAAGUGAUUGCUCACAACCGAAAGUCUGGGAAUAGCAAAGUUACAUGCCCGUUCUAUGAGGAACUGCACAGCAUCCUUCGUGGGGAUGCUAGUAUAACCCCAAAAAGAAUUGCGAGAUGUAUUCACGGUCUUCGUCGCACAAAGCAAGCACCCGCGGCACCAGCGGCUCCAGAAACAUCAGCUGCUAGGCCGCCACAAAGGUCCAAUAUCAAAUCUGAAGGUUUGCUCACAGUGGAUGUUGAGGGCUACCUUGGAGAACAGAUUUGUGUAGGGACAGACCGCCAUACCCUUUCUUCUGCUGUAGAUCAUGCCGUUCCAGCUAAUCUAUUGAAUGAAGAAAAGGAUCCGCAUUCCUUAGGAGAAACCAGCAAUGGAGUAGAUAGUUGUUUGGCCACAGUACAAAAUAUCAGCGCUGGUGACACAACAGUACCAGAAGAUCCAUUUGCCUCUGUUGACACCACAAUCCCAAAUCCAAUGGCAACUCUUUUCCCAACAGAACGCCUAACCCUUCUUCGAACACAAAAAAAUAAGGGUGGACGCAUUGAAUCGCUGCUCAUGGCCAUGAUGGAGCAGUCCAAAAAAGAAGCAGCAGUUUCCUCUAGGCAGCGACAGCAGUUCCUUGAUUUAAUGCGUGUGGACCAAGCAAUGAAUGCAAAUAUGAUGCGGUUGCUACGGAAAGAGUUCUCGGAAGCAAGGAAGGAGAGAUUGCUCUAUGAACAGCAUAUGAAUGCAAAGGAAUCUGCACUUGAGGGACUCCUUCAAAGUAUUAACCUACUGGCAGAUUAUGUGUGCCAGGAAAAGGUCUAGACCAGAACAACAACAGCUUCACCAAAUAGACCCAUUGGCAUCCCCCCAUGUCUGACCCAACUCCCUUAUCCAACCACAGGGACAUCACUCACUUGCAGAUGACAAAUUUUACAUCUGAAAUUGCAUUAAACACACAGAAAUAGAGAGAGAGCACACUUGACAAUAGGGAACCACAAGUGGACAACUGUUUGUCAACCUCUGUGGAUAAGGAAGAGAUUAUUCCAUCAUCAUAGUGCAUACUUUCUGGCAUUCCUCCAGGAACGACAUGCAACCCUUCUGGGUUAGAUAACAACUCCAUGGGAGUACAUAGCCCUAUUCUACCUACUUCCCACUCACAAAUGUAUACUAUUGACAGCCAAAGCUCAUCAAGCAUUGCGGCACCCCCAAGGCAGCCACUGGGUUCAACACAGACCAUGUCCCCGCCCCUCAUGCACAAUUUGCAAAAGGGUCCCUUACAGUCCAUAAGCAGAACACUCGCCACUCAUAGCAGUUAAAGGCACUCGAAGGACCACAUUGGCAGUCUCGAAAUACCGGACGAUAUAGGGAAGGAACCAGAAACUGCAGCUCAGAUCUAUCUGAUUGGUUUUUGGUGGACUAUCAACAGACAGGAGAAAUGCACAAAGUUGUUUGUUGUGUAAAUGCAACUGAAAAGAGUGUGUUCUCUCCUUUGCUGUAUCAAGGAAGUUGUAUGGGGGUAUUUAGGCAAAAAGUUACAGUACCAAUUUAUGGUGGUCCUGUGCAGAUGGGCAUGGUCCGUAAACAGCAACAUUGGCAGGCCAUGUUUUUGGCAUAAAAGCGAAGGCAUUUUCCAUCAGGAGAGUCAAAAAAACAAAAACAACUAGGAUUAUUGUUGUCAGCUACACAUGCUGGACACUCAGAACGAGCUGCAAACUAACCGUUUUUUACGCAAGGGCAAUAUGUAAUAUUCAUGUGAAUUAGAUAUAUUUUAUAACUCAUAUUCUUUUUUUGUUUUGUAUAUGAUUCACUUUGUUUUCAUUUUAUGUACAUUGUUUAGAGAUUUAUUGCUCAAUUAUGUUACUUAAAAUGUGGAUUAUUGUUCUUAUGAUUAGCAACUGUAUUGAAUGUAGAAUUUACACUGAUUUUUGUUGAA